UUAAGUUGUAAUUUCAAUGGCUAGCAAAAGGGAAAUAUUGUUAUGCCAUGUAUACUCAACAUACUAGGUAGAUGUAUACUCUAGAAAAUAAUACUUUCUAUCCUCUUAAUUUUAUCUAAUAGGACUGGAUGCAUACGAAACAAAAGGAAUCAUAACGUCUCCUGGAUACCCUGGUAAUUACCCGAAAAAUUGCAAUGUUACGUGGAUGAUAGAGGCGCCACUCAAUGCCAACAACAUUUCCAUAAUUAUAGAAGACCAGGAUAUCCAUAAAACAAUAGGAUUUGACUGUGAUGAUUUCUUACAGAUAGAAGAGUAUGAAUCUCAAUUCACUAUGUACAAACAAUGUGGAAACGGGUCUACUCGCAGUUUUAUUGCCAAAGGGAGAAAAGUUUUGGUUUCAUUCAUGAUGAUGAUUCCCAUACUGCUAGAGGAUUUAAACUGCAAUGGUCAGUUGCCUCGUACAAAGAAAUGGUUUACACUUCAAAAAAUACGGUGCCUGUAACAAUACCAAAAGGAUUAACAACAGUAGCACAAAGCGUACCAAUUUCUAUAAGGAUAAUAUCACAGCAAACGUCAACAAUUACAACGUCUUCUCCACUACUGCAAAGGAAAAGAUCUCAAACAGUAUCACAUUCAACAAAAGAUUUGUCAUACUUAACGACAGCAAGAGAUAGAACACUUGUUAAAGAAAGUGAUUUUAAAAAGUUUUCAAACCUCAAACCAAUGAAAAUGGUGAUUAUAAGGAAUUCCACGCCGACUUCAGCAAACCCUCCACAACUCAUAAAUGGUUCAAAUAACCCUGAAUGCAAUACUUCUCAAACAAUCAAAGACAAUAAUGUUAUUUCGGCAAAAUCUACUGAAUACUCUACUAUUCCAACAGUCGUGACAGAACAACGCUCUCAACCAAAUCACAUUCAAAGCACUAGACAUAAUCAUACCAAGAAAAAUACAAACCCAUGGACGAUUUUCACAACAAAGUCAACAUUUAAUCCCAUUUUGUGGGAGGAGAAAACUCUGACUCUUUCCACCAACACAAUGAAUGCUUCAGACAAAACUGAAAAUACAAGAAUGAAAGAGAAAUCAAAUCUAGCUUCGUCUGCCGUCAGAGAAACUGAUCAGACUCAUCAAAAUCCAUCUGACCAGACACAGUCUGAAGUUUUAUCCACGUUGAAUGACAAGAAGACUACCAUUCAGUCAAGUACUACUGAAAUAAAAAUCAAGAAAGAAAUGUCUUCAAGUCAUUUGAAUUCCUUUUUGCCAGUUCUCCUCAGUGUUUGUGGAUUCUUAUUUUUCCUUUUAUUCAUAUUCCUGUUCAUUGUUUUUGUCCAGAGACGGAAGAUUAAAAGACUUCAAAAAGAGCCUCAACUUAGUUAUUUACGUAACAAUCAAAGGUACAGCACAAUUCUUCAAAUGGAACAUCGACCAAUUGAAGGCAAUCAUAUCUACGAUCGUGCAGAUCGGGUCCUUCCCAGCAGAAAAGAAAAUGAUUACAAAUACCUCUCCCCGGAAUCAUUCCCAAAGCAUAAAAAAUCACUAAAAAUGAACAGACCUCAAGACAGGGUCAGCAAACGUUACUUCUGUCCUGCAGAACUGUCAGAAAUACAAGAGAAAACAAAUUACAUUGAAAUUUUACCAGACGCCAGUGCCGUGUACUAUGAACCUGCAUCAUCAUUUGAAUCCACCGCAAUUUAUGCACAAAGCGCUAAAAGAAGACCAUACUCAACUAUAGAUGAAGUACAGCAAAAUCUAGACAUUUCAGAAUAUGAAUCUUUAGAUUUGUCAAAAACUUCAUCCGAAUCAUACAAUUCUGGAAAAGGGGCAAGGGAUGACACAAAUAUCAGAUUUGAAGAGAAAGAAACAUGAGCAAGGCCAUUCACAUUGUGAAAAAUUCAAGAUUUGAAAAAUAUUGCUUUUUCUACAAAUUGCCUGGUUCGCCUCUUCUAUUUCUUAUCUCAAAAGUUCACAGCUUGGACUUUUAAUCGGAACAUGUAUAUUAAUGAAGAGCAAUAACUGUUUGUGUCAUUCAACAAAUUGUGGAGACCGGUCCUUCAGAAAAAACUGCAUAAACCGAGAACUCAUGUCGCAGUUGGUGCUGGUACGAAAAAUAUCCCUCCUUGAUCGAUGUCCUGGGGUGUCGGGUAUAGGUCUAAAUUUCCAGCAAA